AUGAAUGUUUUUCUGCUUGUAGUAUUCCAUCGGCGUUUCGUUAAUCCGCUGCAAAAUGUUACGUUGGCAAAUCCAACUUAUGUCGAUUAUGGACAUUCCGCAAUAUCCGUUGUUGUAAUUUGGAUUGCUGCCGUUGCACUAGGCUAUUUAACUCAUAUCGUUGGUGUACUGUUGUGUGGUAUUUUGUUUCGGAACAUCCCAGCAAUAUCAGUACAUAUAUUUAUUGAUGACGCAAUCAGCGGAUUUCUCAGGAAGGCUGCUCUUACUGUUAUCUUGAUACGUGGAGGCAUUGGAUUAGAUCCGGAAGCACUCAAAAACUGCAGAAGCGCUAUACUUCGAUUAGGUAUCAUAUCACCGAUUAUCGAAGCAGUCGUAAUUACGGUUCUUGCAGUUCUCAUAUUUCACAUGGAUGUUCGCAUAUCUUUAAUUUUUGGGAUGGCGCUAGCGGCCACAUCACCCGCCGUAACUAUCCCAACAAUGCUUGGCCUCAGCAAAAAGGGUUACGGUGCACAUUCCGGUGUACCGACUGUACUGCUUGCAGCAGCUGCCAUCGACAAUAUGAUAUGCCUGACAGUUGCUAACAUUCUUCUAGCAAUUGUUUUUUCCAGCCGUUUGUUUUUUUUUUUUUUUUAA